GGGCCGGGACGGAGCCGCAGGCGCUGCCAUGGAGGCCCGGCCACUGUUCCAGGCGCUGCACGCGCUGGCCGAGGACAACGCCGCCUUCUUCGGGCGCAGCGGCACUGAGGUGGGCCGGCGCUUCGUGGCCGCCUUCGGCACCAUCCGCGAGCACGCCCGCCGCCUGGAGCCUGCCCUGGGCCACGUCGCCCGCCUCUACCACCGCUUCGACCUGGACGAGGCUACACCGGGCAACGGCUACCGCAGCCUGGUGCACACGGCGUGCUGCUGCCUGGCACACGUGGUGCACAAGAGCCGCUACGUGGCCGCCCACCGCCGCAGCCUCUUCUUCCGCAGCGGCCACAAUGCUGCUGAGCUGGAGGCCUACGGCGCCGCCCUGGCCCAGCUCCGUGCCCUGCUCUACCUGGCGCAGCGGCUGCUGGCCCACAACCGCCCCGGCUGCCUCUUCCCCCACGAGGAGGGCGGCCUCUCCGAGCUGGUGCUGCGCGAGUACAGCACCAUGCACAACGGCUGCUUCUACGGGCGCUGCCUCGGCUUCCAGUUCGCCCCGUCCAUCCGGCCCUUCCUGCAGACCAUCGCCAUUGGCCUGGUGUCCUUCGGCGAGAACUACAAGCGGGACGAGAUGGGGCUGGGCGUGGCGGCUGGGUCGCUCUUCACCAGUGGCAAGUUCGCUGUGGACCCAGAGCUGCGGGGUGCUGAGUUCGAGCGGCUCACACAGAAUCUGGACGUUCACUUCUGGAAGAGCUUCUGGAACCUGACAGAGAUGCAGCUGCUGGCGUCGGUGGCCAGCCUGGCAGCGGCGCCGGUGCGGCUGUGCUGGGCGCUGACAGUGCCACCGGAGCCGCUGGAGUUGCCGCUGGCGGCCGACCCGGCACUGACGGUCACCAUCCCACCACCUGUGGCCCACACGGGCCCCGGCCCCGUCCGCAUGCGCCUGCUCUCCUACGAGCUGCGUGAGGGCCAGGACAGCGCAGCACUGAGCGCCCUGGCCGGGGCGGAGGCGGAGGCGGAGGUGCCGCGGUGGCGCCGGGGGGGCCCAGGGGCGGGUGCCCGCCCGGGCCCCCCCUCGCCCGCCCUCCUGGUGCACUUCCACGGUGGCGGCUUCGUGGCGCAGACGUCGCGCUCGCACGAGCCCUACCUGCGCGCCUGGGCCCGCGAGCUGGGCGCCCCAGUGCUCUCCGUCGACUACGCCCUGGCCCCCGAGGCGCCCUUCCCGCGGGCCCUGGAGGAGUGCUUCUACGCCUACUGCUGGGCCCUGCGGCACUGCCGCCUCCUCGGGUCGACAGCGCAGCGUGUGUGCCUGGCCGGGGACAGUGCUGGCGGGAACUUGUGCCUGGCGGUGUCACUGCGGGCGGCAGCGGCCGGGGUGCAGCGCCCUGAUGCCGUGGUGGCGGCUUAUCCGGUGACCAUGGUGCAGGCGGCCGUGUCACCCUCGCGGCUCCUCACCCUGCUCGACCCCCUGCUGCCCCUCAGCGUGCUCUGCAAGUGCCUCAGUGCCUAUGCAGGGGCGGAGGAGACAGAAGCACCAGCGCUGGAGCCCCUCGGUCCUGGGGGGCUGCUGCGCCGUGACACGGCCCUGCUGCUGCGGCAGCUGCGCCGGGGGGCUGCGGCCUGGCUGGGGGCCCUGCGCCCCCUGUCCCGGCCCUCUGGCUCCUCUGAGCCAGCACGGCGGAGCAGUGUGCAGGAGCCCCGGCGUGGGAGCCGCAGCUGGUGGCGUCCAGACGAGGACGGCGGCACCGGGGAUGUGACCCCCGGGGACGAGGACAGCGCCGGCAGCCUCUACCCCGAAGGCUUCCAGCCGCUGCGCUCGGACCGGCCGCCAGCCAACUUCGCCGUGGCCAGCGGCCCCAUGGCCAGGAACCCGUACAUGAGCCCGCUGCUGGCCCCUGACGCCAUGCUGCAGGAGCUGCCGCCCGUCCACAUUGUGGCCUGCGCGCUGGACCCCAUGCUGGACGACUCGGUGAUGUUCGCCCGGCGCCUGCGGGAGCUUGGCCGCCCUGUGACGCUGCAUGUGGUGCAGGACCUGCCCCACGGCUUCCUCAGCCUGGCGCAGCUCUGCCCCGAGACGCGGCAGGCGGCCGCGCUCUGCACCCGGCUGCUGCGCGAGGCACUGCACCCCCCGGCCCCCCGGCGCCCCUCGCUGCUGCCUGCCCCCCGGCGCCCCUCGCUGCUCCCAGCCCCCCGGCGCUGCAGCCGAGCCCCUGAGCCUCCCGCCGCCUCCCGCCGGGGCUCCCUGCAACCAGGUGAGGGCUCCACUGCUGCCCACGGUGCCGAGACCCAUGGAGGUGGGGCCACGGCGACCUGUGGCACUGGUGAUGCCAAGACCCACAGUGGUGGGGUCACGGAGACUCACGGCACCAGCAGCACCGAGACCCAUGGAGGUGGGGCCACGGAGACCCAUGGCACUGGCAAUGCCAAGACCCACGGUGGUGGGGCCAUGGAGACCCAUGGCACCGGUGACACCGAGACCCAUGGUGGUGGGGCCCUGGAGACCCACAGCACUGGCAACGCUGAGGCCCACAGUGGUGGAGCCACAGAGACUCACAGCACCGGCAGUGCAAAGACCCACAGCGGUGGGGCCAUGGCCACCCACAGCACCAGCAGUGCAGAGAACCACGGUGGUGGGGUACCACUGACCCAGAGCUUUGGCAAUGCACCAACGCAUGGCCCCAGCGAUGCACUGACCCACGGCAGUGGGGCUGCAGGAGCCCACGGCCCCAGCAACGUACUGACCCACAGCGCUGGGGCAUCAACUGUGGGCUCCAGUACCGCCCCGGCGCCCCACAGCGGAGCCGCAGGCUGGGGGUCCGGGCCACAGCCCCCACCGUGCUGUGGGGCCCCCCCGGCAGGGGGUGGGGAGGGGCUGAACCCCCUAAGACCCGCCCUGGGCCGGCAGCAGAGCCGGGGGGGCAGCGCCCGGCGCCCCAGUGGCCCCGCGGGACGCGAAGUGGGGUCCUGAGCCCCAGCCCACCAUGGGGCUGCCAUGGGGCUCAGCCCCAUGGGGGAAUAAAGCCCCUUUGAAUGCG